AUGGGUGACAUUAAAAAAAUUAUCAUAAACAAGGAAACAUUCUUAAAGCGAACAGCAAAACUAUAUGAUUAUUGGAAUAAUGGAAACAAUGAAGACUUAUCUAAAACAGAUGCAUUGGUAUUUAUGGUUGGUAACGAUGAUGAUGCAUCUCAAUACUCAAAAUCGAAUGCAUUGCAAAUCUGGCUUUACAAUUAUGAACUAAAUGACAUGUUGGCGAUAUUCACGAAGAACGGCAUUUACUUUUUAGCAAGUUCACGUAAAGCUCUUUUUUUUCAACCAGUUGUAAACGAAGAAAUCAAUGGUUCUGUGCCACCAGUUAUUGUACUUCCACGUGAAAAGUCCGAUAAAGACAGAGCAAAUUUUACGAAGUUGGCUGAAAAACUAAAGGAAAGCGGAUCUUCUUUUGGAUACUUUGCGAAAGAUUCGUAUAAUUCAGACUUCGCUAAAGGAUGGAGCAGCGUUAUGGAGGAAUGUGGUAUCAAACUGACUGUUGACGUAUCCGCUUCUUUCGCACAAUUACUGUCAGAGAAAGAUGAAAUUGAGGUUGAACUAUGUAGAAAAGCUGCGCAAGCAUCGGUUAACGCAUGGUCUUAUGCCAGAAAGAAAAUUAUCGAUAUCAUUGACCAGGCGAAGAAAGUGAAACAUAGUCGCUUUGCGGAAGAUCUAGAAAGAGCGAUGACAACAGUGCAAGUGCAACAACGUCUUGCAGACAAUAACAAUCUUGAGUCAUGUUAUACACCUAUUAUUCAAUCCGGUGGCGAAUAUACACUGAAAUUGAGUGCCGAAAGCAGCGAUAAGCUUAUGCAUUAUGGAACAAUUAUUUGCUCACUUGGAGCUCGAUAUCAGUCCUACUGCUCAAAUUUGAGUCGAACAAUGCUUGUGGACCCAUCGAAGGAACUGCAAGAAGCUUACGAAUCGUUGUUGGUUAUUCAAAAUGCGAUCAUUGAAGCCUUGAAACCUGGAAAGAAAUUGAAUGAGGUGUAUGCAGCCGGCCUAGAAGCCGCCAAAGACAAACCAAUGAUACUGGAUCAUUUGGUCAAAAAUAAUUUUGGUUUCUUGACGGGACUUGAAUUUCGUGAGUCAACGGCUCUUAUAAGUCCCAGAAGUGAUGUGGAAGUGAUACCGAAUAUGGUGUUCGUUGUUUAUGUGGGUUUACAAGGUCUGAAAAAUUUGGCGGCCAAGGAUGAACAGUCAAAGACAUCGGCCGUGUUGCUGUCCGACACUAUUCUAAUUUCUUCAGAAGGUGUUAACGAAGUACUUACGGAAAAGGCAAAAUCGCGUAUAAAAUCAAAUGUAAUCCGAUUUAAAGAUGAAGCGGAAACUUCGCAUGCCGAUGACAAUAAAGAAAAUAACUUGGGUGAGGGACUUGGGCGUGGAAAGCGAUCAGUAUUAUUGCAGGAACAAACACGAAACAAAACAACAAAUGAAGAUAAACGUAAGGAGCAUCAAAAAGAGUUGGGGAAACGAUUGAACGAGGCAGCUCGUGAUCGUUUGGCUGAGCAAACGGGUCAGAAAGAUAUCAAGAAAAUCAAGAAAUCAAAUAUUUCCUACAGAAGCUAUGAAAAAUUCCCCAAGGAAGUAGAAGUUGAUAAACUUCAAAUAUAUGUUGAUCGUCGUCAUGAUUCUGUUAUAUUACCAAUAUUUGGAGUACCCGUACCAUUUCACAUUUCGAUGAUCAAAAAUACUAGUCAAUCUGUAGAGGGUGAUUAUACUUAUUUGCGAGUAAACUUCAUGCACCCUGGCUCACAGAUUGGGAGAGAUCAGUUACAGUUUCCAAAUCCGCUGUCAACUUAUGUGAAAGAAUUAACUUAUCGAAGUAGCAAUUUGAAGGGACAUGGAGAAGUAACUGCUCCUAGCAGUAAUUUAAGUACUGCAUAUCGUUUGAUCAAAGAAAUGCAGAAAAAAUUCAGGACACAGGAAGCCGAAGAACGCGAGAAAGAAGGAGCUGUGAAACAAGAUAAACUGAUCUUAUCAACAGCAAAAGGCAAUCCAAAGCUGAAGGAUCUUUUUGUUAGACCAAAUAUCAUCACCAAACGAAUUAGUGGUUCGUUGGAGGCCCAUGCUAAUGGUUUCCGAUACACCUCAUUGCGUGGUGACAAAAUCGAUGUGCUAUAUAACAACAUAAAACAUGCAUUUUUCCAGCCUUGCGAUAACGAAAUGAUUAUAUUGAUACAUUUCACACUGAAAAAUCCGGUUUUAUGGGGCAAGCGUAAAUACCAAGAUAUCCAGUUUUACACGGAAGUUGGUGAAAUCACUACCGAUUUGGGCAAAUAUCAUCAUAUGCAGGAUCGUGACGAUGUUCAGAGUGAACAACUUGAACGGGAAAUGAGGAAGCGUCUGAAUCAAGUUUUCCAAAACUUCUGUGAUAAGGUUGUUCGUCAGACAAACGAAGCAUUUGAUUUUGAUGUACCGUUUAAUGAACUUGGGUUUUUCGGCGUUCCUUAUCGAUCAUCUUGCACUCUGAAACCAACUUCAUCAUGUCUGGUCAAUUUGAGUGAAUGGCCUCCAUUCGUUGUAACUUUGGACGAAGUGGAAUUCGUACACUUUGAACGAGUGUCAUUCCAACUGAAGAAUUUCGACAUGGUUUUCAUUUUCAAAGAUUAUUCCAAAAAGACGCAAAUGGUUCAACAGAUUCCAAUGACGUCGCUUGACAGCGUCAAGGAAUGGCUCAACUCCUGCGAUAUAUAUUAUUCCGAAGGAAUUCAGUCGUUGAACUGGGUGAAAAUUAUGAAAACCAUCUUGGACGAUCCGGAAGAUUUUUUUGCAAAUGGUGGAUGGAAUUUUUUGGCAACAGAUAGCGAUAAUGAAGAUGAAGAGGAGGAUGAAGAAAGUGAAGAUGCGUAUACACCAAGUGAAGAUGAAACUGAAGGUUCUGAUGAAGAUGAAGACGAAGAAGAAUCACCGGAAGCAACAUCUGAAUCCGAAUCCGAAACGACUGUGGAUUCUGACGAAAGUGAAGGCAAGGAUUGGAGCGAUUUGGAAGCAGAAGCUCAACGAGCUGAUCGAGCACGCGAUCGUGGCGAAGAGGAACGUGUCCAUAAGUCAUCUCAGAAACGCAAACCUGCGUCAAAAGGCCGCGGACCGAGCCCGAAACGUCGGAAAUGA